UUCAAAAUGGCCUCCUCUUUGUGUUGCUCUAAGUUGAGUUGUUUUCAUGGCUAGGGGCAAACAUAUCUCGCUAAAUUUCUGACAUCUGAUGGCAAUGUACAACUUCAAGACAAAAUGGUUUGAUAUUUUAUCAAGGAAAGCUUUGAUUCAUUUAUAGCUUCAACGGAACGAUCUGUUUUGGUCAGUUGUCAUGGAACAUUGUGGACAGUAUACGAUCCUUGGAAACAUAGGAGAGGGAGCUCAUGGAAUUGUUUUCAAAGCUAAACACAUCGAGAGUGGUGAAGUUGUUGCUUUAAAGAAAGUUCCACUGAGAAAGAUUGAGGAUGGAAUACCAAAUACUGCAUUGAGAGAGAUUAAAGCAUUACAAGAAAUAGAAGACAACCAAAAUGUUGUGAAAUUGAUUGAUGUGUUCCCCUAUGGUACUGGGUUUGUGCUGGUGUUUGAGUACAUGCUCUCUGAUCUGUCUGAAGUCCUGCGCAACUCUGCCAGACCCUUAACUGAGGCACAGAUCAAAAGCUACAUGUUGAUGUUGUUAAAAGGUGUAGUGUUUUGCCAUGAGAACUCGAUAAUGCAUAGGGAUUUGAAGCCGGCAAACUUGCUGAUCAGUUCCACAGGACACCUUAAAAUAGCAGACUUUGGUCUUGCUAGAGUUUUUUCCAAUGAUGGCAACAGACAGUACAGUCAUCAAGUGGCUACAAGAUGGUACAGAGCCCCUGAACUGUUGUAUGGAGCAAGGAAAUAUGAUGAAGGAGUUGAUCUUUGGGCAGUUGGUUGUAUUUUUGGAGAGCUCCUCAACAACUCUCCGCUUUUUCCAGGUGAAAGUGACAUUACCCAGCUUUAGUGUGUACUUCGAGUGUUGGGAACACCCAGCCAAAGCCAGGGAAUGACAGAACUACCAGAUUACAACAAAAUCGUUUUUCCCGAAAUGCCGCCAAUACCAUUGGAGAAUAUUGUUCCUGACGCUUCACCAGAGGCAAUAGAUUUGCUGAAACGUUUCUUGGUGUAUCACUCUAAAGAGAGAAUUUCCGCAAAAGAGGCCUUAUUGCAUCCUUAUUUCUUCACGGAGCCUCUUCCGGCUCACCAUUCUGAACUACCAAUCCCAGCACGCAAUGCGCGGAAGACAUCAGGACGAGGCCCGUUGCGUCAUACUUUUGACAUUGAUGUCCCUCUGGAGAAAUCUCUGGUCAAUCCCGCGUCUCUUGUACAUAAUGUUGUAGGCAUGCCAGAUUUUCACACAUGAGAUCUUUUUCAUUUUGGUUCUCAGAAAACUUGACUUUUGGAAUGAAUUUCAAUUAAAAGUCGAAAGUAAUCCGGAAUUGGUUAGAUUUUGCUCUAGUUCGUCGUGUGAUUGGUCUCAAGCAGUCGAGCCAAUUUUUCAGCCAACCAAAUUUAAAACUAUGACCAGUCGCGACUUGGUUGCACACUUUUUCUCGCGCUAAAAGCAGAUCGCCAAUCUUUUUUUAAUUGUAAAUUCUCAUUGGCGCGUUGUGCUAUUUUUCUCAACUCUGAUUCGUUAUUGUAAUUAAUUUAGUUUUGGUUUAACGACACUCAAUUGAAAGGGGUUCCUAGAACAAGCAAAGAAAAUAAAGGCAAAACGUAAAACAUGGCACGACCGUUAUAAAUUGAAAUGCCUUUUUUUUCGUGAGUGGACUUUACGACCUAACCAUGGAGUGCAUUUUUAUUUGCACAGUCAAAUCUACUGUAGAAGGAGUUUUGUUUGGGGUGCGUCAGGGUACUAGCUGUCGUGUUCAGCGCGCUGCAUUAUAAACGACCAGGCUAUUAUUGAACGUGGUUAUUCCCUCUUCAAAGGAAAAUGUUGUGCCCAGGUCUUUGCAGUGUCAAUUGUAACCCUUAACAAGCCUCUCUCUGACCCAAAACCAGCCCACUGACUGCAAUGCCCGACUUCAAACGAACACUUAGCAGGCAUGCUUUUAGGAAUCCAGGCAGUGUCGUAUUAAGUUAUGGUGGCAGGUCUUCUUGAGAGGGUUUAAGACAUUUUUUGUUACGUUCAUCGUGUUUUGAAAUUUUUUUAUUUAACCAAGACAACGUUUUGUCUGUAAUCUUAAGCUAAGAAAUACUGUUAAAAUUCUAAUUGAGGUUUAAAGUUCUUUCUUUCCUUUUUCAAGUAAAUAACUUGAAACCCAGUAAGUAAGAGGCACUAGCGGCAUAUUUAAUUACUUGUAUUUCCAACUUAAAAGUACAUGAAUGUUACAACAAAAUCAGGACAACUGCUUUCAAGAAGAGACGUAAUAAUAACAAUAACAAUAUUUCUUUAUUUCCA